UAUAAUGAGCGUCGCAGAUGACAAGACAAACGAGUGAAACGCGGCAAAAUUAACGGAAAGUUAUACGGGAGAACAGAAAAUUUUAAAAUCGCUUGGAAAUAUUAAAAUAAAUUUUGAUGCAAAAAAAGAUCAACAAGUGAUGAAAUAGAAAAUUGAAAAAAUAAAGUUUUAAGUGCAAAUUUGCCAAUAACAAAAAAAUAAAUUUAAGAAAUAUUAAUUUAAAAUAAUAAAAAGAAAGAAAAUUAAUGGAAUAUAAAACCAAAAAUAUAUAAAAUUUUUAACAGUGUUUUUUUAACAAAAGUUUUACAAUCAUGACCAAAUAUCAAAGAAAUUUACAAUAUUUAAAUAUAUCAAAUGUUAAUAGUAAUAACAACAACAACAAUAUCAUUGAUAAUUGCAGUGAUAGUGAUGCAACAAUACUUAUACCACAAGUUACAAUUAAACAAGAAUUUAAUAAUUUAUUAGAAAAUUCUACCAAAUCAAUGCUUAACCAUCAUUUAAAUAUGCAACAACAUAACAUUGCAGUUAUUCAACACCAACAACAGCAGCAUCAACACCAACCACAGCAGCAGCAGCAACAACAAAAUCAUUACCAUUCACAUCAUCACCAACAACAACAGCAGCAGCAGCAGCAACAGUUACAAACAUUUUUAAGUCGUUUCAAUAGUGUUGCCUCAACUAACGAUUCUUUGGCUACAAACUCAUGUAAUUUCCGUAAUUUUAACGAUUCAAAUGAAUCGCAUAAUUUAACUCCUUCACCCAUUUUUACGGAUUACGAUGAGAAUAGCUUAAGUUCGGAAGAGCAUGUUUUAGCACCGUUAGUCUGUGCUAAUGCUCAAUCGUCUAGACCCUGCUUAACGUGGGCUUGCAAAGCCUGUAAAAAGAAAAGUGUUGCUGUUGAUCGACGAAAAGCGGCCACAAUGCGGGAGCGUAGACGCUUAAGAAAGGUUAACGAGGCAUUUGAAGUACUGAAACGACGCACCUCUUCAAAUCCCAAUCAACGUUUACCAAAAGUCGAAAUACUUCGUAAUGCCAUCGAAUAUAUUGAGAGUCUGGAGGAUUUGUUGCAGGAAUCAUCGCCCAUAAGAAGUAUGGAUAAUUUAACGGAUACAAUAAGUGGGAAAUCAUGUCAGCAGGAUUAUUUGAAUUCGUAUACAGGUGCGUAUAUGUUUCAUAAAUAUAAUCUACAUGAUAAUUAUGAUGCCAAUGGAUUGACAGAUUCCUAUGAUUCGUCAUCAUCACCGAAUGGUUCCAGUUUAGAUUGUCUCAAUUUGAUUGUACAAAAUAUCACCAUAUGUACAACAUCCUCGACAACACUACUAGGCGGCAAUUGUAGCAACAGUAAUAACAUCAAUAGUACACAGAAUCCGGCAUUAAAACAUCAUAGUGCAACAAAUAAUGUACAUGGAAUAUCGGCAGUCGGAACGAUAACAUCGACUACAUCAUCAUCAUCAGCAGCAUCAUCAACAUUAUCAUCAUCGGCGAAAACAACACUACCAUCGGUAUCGGUAUCAACAGCAUCAGUCAGUACAACUCAUACAUCAUUGAAUGCAACAUUUAAGCAAAAAUGUACAACAUGAAAUUUCAAAAUGUGUGUGGCAAAUAGACAGAAAUUUCGUUUUUCUGGAGGGGUUUACAUAUUUUAAUUUUUUUCAUUUUACAAAAAAAAUUAAUUUGAAUAUACAGUUUCUACCAAAAACUGAGUAAAUAUUAAAUUCAUAAAUAUUAUUAUAUGUACACUCAAUUUUGUUAGCAACUGUAGUUACAGUUAAAGAUUGUAAGAUAAAUUAUUGAGGAAGACAAACAUUAAGUAAACAAACAAAAAUUUACAUUAAUUUAAAACGGAUACAUGAUAUACCAAAGAUUUAAUAAUACUGUAUAAUUUAUUAUUUCU